CCUCAUAAACAGCGCCGAUGUUAUUACUCCCGCGACUCUCAUCCCCUAUCCUCAAUUCUAUCAACGUACCUAGGCUGAGUACCAUUUUUAUCGGAAGAGGUAUCAGAGCUUUUGGCACCAUGGCGGCGACUACCGAUACUUCCACCUACAAGCUCAAUCAUACAAUGAUCCGGGUCAAAGACCCUAAAAAAUCAUUGGAGUACUACAAGUUCCUAGGACUCAGUGAGAUCAGGAAGCUAGACUUCCCCGAGGCCAAAUUCUCGCUUUAUUUCCUUGCCUACGACGGUGCUAAUUCGCUUUCUGGUAAAAACGGCGUGACUGACCGCAAUGGCGUGCUGGAACUCACCCACAACUAUGGCACCGAGAAUGACCCCAACUACAGCGUUGUCAACGGAAACACCGAACCGCACCGUGGCUUCGGUCACAUUGCCAUCUCCGUCGACAACAUCGAGGCUGCUUGCAAGCGUCUCGAGGAUGCCGGCUACCCUUUCCAGAAGAGACUACAGGACGGACGCAUGAAACAUAUUGCUUUCGCAAAGGAUCCUGAUGGAUACUGGGUGGAGAUUAUACGCCGCCAUGAUGAGGAUGUUGGAACUACCACCGAUACUUCUACCUACCGUCUGAACCAUACCAUGCUGCGAGUCAAGUCUGCCGAGGUCAGUCUUAAAUGGUACCAGGAGGUCCUGGGCUUGAAGCUGGUCCGCACGGCAAAGAACCCGGAUAACAAGUUUGAUCUUUACUUCUUGGGAUACCCUGGGGCAAACCCCCCUAUCAACGCAAACUCUCGCAACCCAGUUUCAGAGUGGGAGGGUUUGCUUGAGCUUACCUGGAACUAUGGCACCGAGACCCAGGAAGGUCCUGUCUACCAUAACGGAAACGACCAGCCACAGGGAUUCGGCCACAUUUGUAUUUCGGUGGAUGAUCUGGACGCGGCUUGCGCCAGAUUCGAGUCACUUGGCGUCAACUGGAAGAAGCGCCUGACGGAUGGAAGAAUGAGAAAUGUCGCCUUCAUCCUGGACCCCGACAACUACUGGGUGGAAGUGGUCCAAAAUGAAAAGUACAGCGAAGCCCACAAAAUCUAGAACCGCAGUUAUACCAAAAAAACAUAGCUGGCAAAAUUUAGUAAUGAAGUUGGAAUAUUUAGAAAUUGUAUAGCAAUCUACAUCAUUGGCGUAA